ACGAAGCGCCAACCGCCGCUACCCGCGCGCCACGCUUCCCGCCGCCGCCUGCGCGCAUGCGCGACAGCAGCCGCCCUCAGCACCCAUGCGUCUGCGCUUCGCGGCUCGUCCGGCAUUCGUAGUUCCUGCCCGCCGCCAGCCCCGCGGCCCCUUUCCACCGCACCGGGAAAACUCGGCGCUAAAUCCCACGCUGAGGUCUGUAUCUGUAGACCUGAAUGUUGAUCCUUCUCUUCAAAUUGAUAUACCUGAUGCACUGAGUGAAAAGGACAGAGUGAAGUUCACGGUACAUACUAAGACUACACUGCCAGCUUUUCAAAGUCCUGAGUUUUCAGUUACAAGGCAGCAUGAAGAUUUUGUGUGGCUGCAUGACACACUCAGUGAAACUGAGGAGUAUGCAGGACUCAUUAUACCUCCAGCCCCUUCGAAGCCUGACUUUGAUGGUCCCAGAGAGAAGAUGCAGAAACUAGGGGAAGGAGAAGUAUCUAUGACCAAAGAAGAGUUUGCCAAAAUGAAGCAAGAGCUAGAAGCUGAAUACCUCGCUGUCUUCAAGAAGACUGUGUCAUCACAUGAAAUCUUCCUUCAGCGGAUUUCUUCUCACCCUGUGCUCAGCAAAGAUCACAAUUUUUGUGUUUUCCUGGAGUAUGACCAGGAUCUGAGUGUUCGGAGGAAAAACACGAAAGAGAUGCUUGGUUUCCUUCUAAAAAGUGUGGUAAAGAGUGCAGAUGAAAUCCUCUUGUCUGGAGUCAAGGAAGUAGAUGACUUUUUUGAGCAAGAGAAGACUUUUCUUGUAAACUACCACAACAGGAUCAAGGAUGCAUGUGCAAAAGCAGAUAAGAUGACAAGAUCUCGUAAAAAUAUUGCAGAUGACUAUAUUUAUACUUCAGCUUGCUUGAACAGCCUGGCAUUAGAAGAACCUACAGUUAUCAAAAAGUACUUGCUGAAAGUUGCUGAGCUCUUUGAGAAACUCAGGAAGGUGGAGAGUAGAGUUUCAUCUGAUGAAGACUUAAAGCUCUCUGAACUGUUGAGGUACUACAUGCUCAAUAUAGAUGCUGCUAAGGAUCUUCUGUACAGACGUGCAAGGGCUCUUGUUGGUUAUGAAAAUUCAAACAAAGCUCUAGACAAAGCCAGGCUAAAGAGCAAGGAUGUCAAUCUGGCUGAGGCACAUCAACAGGAUUGUUACCAGAAGUUUGAAAAGAUUUCAGAAUCUGCCAAACAAGAAUUGAUAAGCUUCAAACAGAAGAGAAUAACAGCCUUCCGCAAAAACCUAAUUGAAAUGGCAGAACUGGAAAUAAAACAUGCAAAGAAUAACGUCUCUCUCCUGCAAAGCUGUAUUGACUUGCUCAAGAACUAAGGAGCCUUAUUCUGAAAAUGUGAAGGAAUUAAAAAAAAAAAAAAAUCAAUUGCACUCAAUGGCUGGGGUAACUUAUUGGCUCAAUUUCAUAAUCUUAAAAUAAAUACUGUCACUGA